AUGGGGUUGUUCAGAGGUAGUUUUUUUUUCUUACUAGGUAUGAGUUGUGGCAUUUAUAUUGAUCAGAACUAUGAUAUGCCCAAGAUAAAGCAACUUGCUGAUACAUGGCUCUUCAAGGCCAAAAAGAUCGAAGAAACCUACAGGAAGUCUAAGGACGAAGAGUGA